UCCAACUGUGUAAGCCGCAGACACACUGUCUCAAAAUUGUAUUAUUAAUGCUAAAUAAUUACCCAAAUAAAAUAAACAACAAAAGAAAGCGAAAGAAAGCAAAGAGACAAAGGAGAAAGUAGAAACGGUUUUUCCUCUUAAAAAAGAGAAAGGAAAAGAAAAGAGAAAAGGCGAAGCUUCAUUGUUUAGAUUCACUAUCAUUUCUACUCAUUUUCUCUCUCCAAACAGUACUUUCCUCUCUUUGUCUAUCAAUUUAUCCGACUUUCAGUUCGCUUUUUUUUUUUGUGAGGUGCUGUGUGGGGCGUUGAUUAAUAAUUAUUGAAUUGUGGUUGCUGUUGUGAGAAUAGUGACAAAAGGUUAUUAUUCACAAGACAUAGGCUAUAGGCUCGGCUCUGCUGAAACAAACUCAUAAUUCUGGACAGCCGGGGGCAUUAAUGACUGUGCUAGACCUGUAUGACCAUAGAGAAUCACUUGGGGCCUUGGAACCUAAGAUCUAUGUAUAGGUGACAAGUCCCUGUACUCAGGUUAUUGUGGGUGGUAAUGUGUCCUUUCUUAGUGCAAGGGUGCCUUUGCUGGUGCAUUCUUUUGGGACAAUUCUGUACAUCCACUCUUUCUCUUGGUUCACAGCUGUAUCGAGGUGGGAGUAUUUGGUCUCUAAAUUGGCUACAUAAUUCUGGAUCAGGUUUAAGUAAUGAUUCUAGAAGUGGCAUGUUCAACUAUGCCGAACCAAUGGAAUUUUCAUUCCCAUCAAAAAGUUAUGUUUCUUGCGAGGACCUAGAAGGAGUUGGGUCAUUUAAUACCACUUGCUUGCUCAAGUCAAACCUGCAUUUGAAUUCUGAUAUUUACAUAUAUGGUACAGGAAACCUGAAAAUACUGUCCCAUGUUUCAAUUGCGUGCCCUAUAGAAGGCUGUAUGAUUACACUCAAUAUGACUGGCAAUGUCAACAUUGGUCAAUAUGCAUCUAUUGUUGCUGGUUCGGUUGUUUUUGCUGCUGCCAACCUGACGAUGGAGCAUUUCUCUUCUAUAAAUACCACUGCCUUAGGGGGGGCACCACCUCCUCAAACUAGCGGUACACCAGUUGGGUAUGAUGGAGCUGGUGGAGGUCAUGGUGGCCGAGGUGCUUCCUGUCUAACAAAGAAUAAGACAAAUAAUUGGGGAGGUGAUGUUUAUGCUUGGUCAACUUUGGCUAAGCCAUGGAGCUAUGGAAGUAAGGGUGGAGGCACAUCUCCUGAGCAUAAGUUAGGAGGAAAUGGCGGAGGACGUGUUAAGCUUCAAGUGAAGGAGAUACUAUACUUGAAUGGAUCUAUCACUGCAGAAGGCGGGGAAGGCGGACUGAAUGGAGGAGGUGGUUCUGGUGGAAGUAUCUUUGUGCAUGCUGUAAAGCUGAAGGGAUAUGGUAUUGUCAGCGCAGCAGGUGGGAGGGGAAGAGGUGGAGGUGGCGGUGGAAGAAUAUCUCUUGAUUGUUACAGCAUACAAGAAGAUGUAAAGGUUACUGUUCAUGGUGGCGCUAGUAUUAAUUGUCCUGCAAAUGCUGGUGCUGCUGGUACAUUCUUUAAUGCAGAUUUACUAAGUUUAAGAGUUGGCAAUGAUAAUGUGACAACAGAAACGGAGACCCCUUUACUUGAUUUUCCUACUACACCUCUUUGGUCAAAUGUUUUUGUGGAGAAUAAUGCAAAAGUUCUGGUCCCGCUGCUUUGGACUAGAGUGCAGGUCAGAGGCCAAAUUGGCGUAUAUCGUGGAGGCAGCAUUGCCUUUGGAUUGUCUGCAUACCCAGUAUCAGAAUUUGAGCUUGUGGCAGAAGAACUUCUGAUGAGUGAUUCCAUUAUAAAGGUUUUCGGUGCAUUUAGAGUUGCUGUUAAAAUGUUACUCAUGUGGAACUCCAUAAUUGAAAUUGAUGGAGGAGGAAAUACCAUUGUUACUGCUUCCAUCCUUGAAGUCAGAAAUCUGAUUGUUUUACGGGCUAACUCUGUCGUUAGCUCAAAUGCAAAUUUGGGUGUAUAUGGGCAGGGGCUACUAAAGUUGACAGGUCACGGUGAUGCAAUCAAGAGCCAGCGACUUUCCCUUUCUCUUUUUUAUAAUAUAACUGUUGGACCAGGUUCUUUAUUACAGGCUCCACUUGGUGAUGAUGCUAGCCGAAGCGUGGUUACGCAACCACUAUGUCAGAGUCGGGCAUGUCCAAUGGAUUUGAUAACUCCUCCAGAUGACUGCCAUUUCAAUUAUACGCUAUCCUUUUCACUUCAAAUAUGUCGUGUUGAGGAUCUCCUUGUGAGUGGUAUUGUUAAGGGAAGUAUUAUCCACAUCCACCGAGCAAGAACUAUAAUUGUUGAUGCUAGUGGAAUGAUAAAUGCAUCAGGAUUAGGUUGCAGUGAAGGUAUUGGAAGAGGAAAUUAUUCCAAUGGAGUUGGCAGUGGUGCUGGGCAUGGGGGACGAGGGGGCUCCGGAUAUUUCAAUGGAAUUGUGAGUGAUGGUGGUAAUAGGUAUGGUGAUGCUGAUCUACCUUGUGAAUUGGGAAGUGGAACUGAGGGUCCUGAUCGAUCCUAUGGAUAUGUGAUUGGAGGGGGAAUGAUUGUGAUGGGCUCCAUUCAAUGGCCAUUGUUAAGGCUUGAUCUCUAUGGAUCUUUGAAGGCUGAUGGUCAAAGUUUUGAUAAUGCAUUAGUAAACAGUAAUGGUCCUUUGAUUGGUGGGAUUGGUGGAGGUUCAGGUGGGACGGUCCUUCUUUUUCUUCAGGAACUUGUGCUUGCAGAGAACUCAUGCUUAUCUGUCUUAGGCGGGAGUGGUGGCCCUCUUGGUGGUGGUGGAGGUGGAGGUGGGAGAGUUCACUUUCAUUGGUCUAAGAUAGAUAGCGGGGAUGAAUAUGUUUCAGUUGCAAGUAUAAGUGGUUCAAUCAACAGUAGUGGAGGUGCUGGUGAUAAUGGUGGUCUUUUUGGGGAACAAGGCACUGUUACUGGGAAAAGAUGCCCAAAAGGUCUUUAUGGUAUAUUUUGCAAGGAAUGCCCUGUUGGCACUUACAAAGAUGUCGAAGGCUCCGAUGAAAGUCUUUGCACUCCUUGCUCACUUGAGCUUCUUCCUAACCGUGCAAAUUUCAUAUAUGUGCGAGGGGGAGUUAGCCAGCCAUCUUGUCCUUAUAAAUGCAUAUCCGACAAAUACAGGAUGCCAAAUUGCUAUACUCCUCUUGAGGAGCUGAUGUAUACAUUUGGGGGCCCUUGGCCUUUCUCCCUUCUUCUGUCUUGCUUCUUGGUGCUUGUAGCUGUGAUGUUGAGUACGCUGAGAGUAAAAUUGGUUGGCUCAGGUUCUUCUUACAGUGCAAACUCAAUCGAGCACCAGUCUCAUCAUCAUUUUCCACAUCUGCUUUCGUUAUCAGAGGUGCGGGGAACUAGAGCUGAAGAAACUCAGAGCCAUGUCUACAGGAUGUACUUUAUGGGUCCCAAUACUUUUAGGGAACCCUGGCAUCUUCCUUACUCGCCUCCCAAUGCAAUUAUUGAGAUUGUGUAUGAAGAUGCUUUUAACAGAUUUAUUGACGAGAUUAACUCUGUUGCUGCAUAUGAUUGGUGGGAAGGUUCAGUCCACAGUAUACUUUCAGUGCUUGCCUAUCCUUGUGCCUGGUCCUGGAAACAGUGGCGGCGGAGAAAUAAAGUUCAUCGACUUCAGGAAUAUGUCAAAUCCGAAUAUGACCAUUCGUGUCUCCGUUCUUGCAGAUCACGGGCCCUGUACAAAGGGAUGAAGGUUGGAGCAACACCAGAUUUAAUGGUCGCAUACAUUGAUUUUUUUCUUGGUGGUGAUGAGAAGCGUUUGGAUAUUGUAUCUAUAAUACAAAAAAGAUUCCCCAUGUGUAUAAUUUUUGGGGGGGAUGGGAGCUAUAUGUCGCCUUAUAGUCUUCACAGUGACACAUUGCUGACUAAUCUCCUUGGACAGCACGUCCCAGCAUCUGUCUGGAAUCGUUUGGUGGCUGGAUUAAAUGCUCAAUUGAGGACUGUGCGGCACGGGUCUAUCCGCUCUGCACUACUUCCUGUCAUUAAUUGGAUCAAUAGUCAUGCAAAUCCCCAACUUGAGUUUCAUGGGGUCAAGGUAGAGCUUGGAUGGUUCCAAGCUACUGCCUCUGGUUACUAUCAGUUGGGUAUAUUGGUUAUGGUUGGUGAAUAUUCUCUCAGCAACUUGCAUCAGUCUGAUUUUUUUGAUGGAAGCAAUGGUGAUUCCACAAGGAAGAAUGCCUCAUGUACAAGCAGAAGUCUAAAGCAGCUGCAGCAGGAUCGGCUUUACAUGAGCCAAGUGUUAUCUUGUAAAAAGAUGACUGGAGGAAUCAAUGGAGGUCUCAUUAAUGAUGCUACAUUGAAAUCUUUGGAAUUUAAAAGGGACUUUCUCUUCCCAUUUUCUCUCUUACUGCAUAAUACAAGACCUGUUGGGAGACAGGACGCUCUUCAGCUUUUUAUAACUAUCAUGCUUUUGGCGGAUAUUUCCGUGACCGUUCUUACUUUGCUUCAGUUCUAUUGGAUUUCUCUUGGAGCUUUCCUUGCAAUCCUGCUUAUUCUUCCUCUAUCCUUGCUUUCUCCAUUUCCCGCGGGCUUGAAUGCCUUAUUCAGUAGAGAACCAAGAAGAGCUUUACUUUCUCGUAUAUAUGCAUUGUGGAAUGCUACAUCUCUGUCUAAUAUUGCUGUCACUUUCAUCUGUGGUAUUGUUCACUGUGGAUUCUCUGCUUUCCAGCCACCUGGCAAGGAAAACACAUGGAAGACUAGAAGGGAGGAUGAUAAGUGGUGGCUGCUGCCGACAAUCCUUCUGCUACUCAAGUCAAUUCAAGCUCGUAUUGUGGAUUGGCACAUCGCCAAUCUAGAAAUGCAGGACUUUUCUUUAUUCUGUCCAGAUCCAGAUGCUUUUUGGGCCCAUGAAUCUAGUUCUUGAUCAAAGCUGAAACAUCAGGACUCGCUAUAAAUGCUGAGCUUCUCUAUUAUGUCCAGAAGUCAGAGACUGAAGAGGCUUUGCCUUCAGCUUCAGCGCAGGUGCGAUUGCUUUGUGUAAAUUUGUUACCACUUGUGUAAACCAUUGAUGGUAACUGUGCAGUUCUUCUCCUUUUGUAAGUAAGAUUGUGCAGGAAUCAGUUAAAGAGAGUUAUUUGAGCGGGGCAGUGUCUAUGAUAUAGUAAAUUUUGCUAGUUCACUGUAUAGAAACUGUUCUAGAUUGAGAAUUCAUUUCUGUAAGAUAAACAAUUUUUGUGUUGCUCUCCCAGUUAACUCAUUAUCUCCAAUUUGGAAGCCAAGAAUCAAAAUUUUCAUGAUGUUACUUGAUUAA